GAUUAGAUUAAUAGACUCGCCAGUUGCAAUCGAGCAGUUGAUCGUUGCGUAUCGCCUGCGAACAUGAGCUGCAAGUGCGAGUGGGAGUCGAAUGAAGAAAUUCAAUACUUUCGUGAAUAUUUGCGCAUAGCCAGUGUGCACCCAGAGCCAAACUAUGCGCCGUGUGUGGAGUUCUUAAGGCGGCAGGCCGAUCAGUUGCAACUGCCGCUGGCCAUACAUCAUCCCUUUGAUGCUGCCAAUCCCGUGGUGGUCUUAACCUGGCAGGGCCUGGAGCCAUCACUGCCCGCCAUCUUGCUCAACUCGCACAUGGAUGUGGUGCCGGUGUUUGAGGAGAACUGGACACAUCCACCAUUCGGUGCUGAAAUGGAUGAGGAGGGACGCAUCUUUGCACGCGGAACUCAAGACAUGAAGUGCGUGGGCAUGCAGUACCUGGCGGCUAUUCGAGCCAUGAAGCGCCAAGGAGUGAGACUCAAGCGCACCAUUCAUAUCUCAUUUGUAGCGGAUGAGGAAAUGGGCGGCCGACGUGGCAUGCGUCCGUUUGUGGACACCGCCGAGUUUCGUGCGCUAAACAUUGGCUUUGGAUUGGACGAGGGCUUGGCAUCGCCCACACCAGAGUUUCCAGUCUUCUAUGCCGAGCGCAGCGUGUGGCGUCUGACGUUCAAAAUCAGCGGCACUGCUGGUCAUGGCUCGCUGCUGCUGCCGAACACAGCUGGCGUCAAGCUACAGUAUAUGCUCAAUAAAAUGAUGGAGUUGCGCAAGCAGCAGGUGCAGCGCUUGGAAAACAAUCCAGAGCUGACCAUAGGCGAUGUAACGACCAUAAAUUUGACACGCCUGGGCGGCGGUGUUCAGAGCAAUGUGGUGCCACCGCUGCUAACAGCUGGCUUCGACUGCCGACUGGGGCUGGACAUAGACCACACGGAAUUCGAGGCGCAACUGCAACGCUGGAUGACUGAAGCUGGCGGCGGCAUUGAGCUGGAGUUUGAUCAGCAGCAUCCCUAUGUGCCACCCACUGCCACUGACGACAGCAAUGCCUACUGGCUGGCCUUCAAGCGCGCCACCGAUGAGCUUGGACUAACGAUUAGGCCACAAAUAUUUACUGGCGGCACCGACAGUCGCUAUUUGCGUCGAGUUGGCAUUCCCGCUCUAGGCUUUUCGCCCAUGAACAAUACCCCAGUGCUCUUGCAUGAUCAUGAUGAGUGGCUAAGCGCCGACACCUAUCUCAAAGGUGUGCAAAUCUACGUCAAGAUCAUACACAAUAUAGCAAAUGUUUAGCUUUAAGCUGCAUUUAAUUAACGCAUAUACAAUAAACUUUAAAAAAAUGCCAAUUAGAACGCUAAUUAAUU